GCUGAGGCUCUUGAUGAGGCUGAGGAUGUAGGCUCUGGGGUUCCUGAUUGGGUUUCACCGGUCCAUGACCUAGGUGAGGGUGUAGGCGAGGAAUGCAGUUAUCGCCGGGCUGAGAACGGCAGUGAUGGUAAUGGCCAUGCCACAUGUCUUGAUGCGCCCGCCGAAGAAGCCUUGGUCGAGCCCCCUGGCCCGCUGGGUGGUGAUGUGCUUGCUGUGCCGGCUGACCAUGUUAUCCGGAUGUCGGUCGUGGUCUGCCGCCCUGGUUACCCCAUUUCGGCUUGCGUAAUCGAGGCCCCAAUCCCCACAACUGUCGGCCAGCUUGACCCGCUCAUCAGAGCUGCCCUGCCUCAGGCCAUUGACUGCGUGUGGGACCAAAUUACACCUACGUACCCACAGCUUGGCCUUGGUUUUUCCUCCUUUGCAGCGGUACCAUCUUGGUUUGUCGAAGCCGGUUUCGCUGUCGCGGUUAUUGACGCCCGUGCUACUGGUGGUUCGACAUUUGCUGUUGCCCUGUCUCGCAACACCACCCACCAAGAGAUUACCGUCGCGGCAGGGUGCGCAACCGUAGCGCGGCAUGCAAUGUUUGUCGGCGACAGUGCUGCUUGCCUGUGGCCGGGGGAGUCCAUCCUCAUUGAGGGCGUUGGGGCCGAUGACUGGGAAACUAUGAAUCGGGUUGCUACCCUUGCUGAGGAAUUCCUCUUCGUGGCCUCAUUGCAGUGGUUCCACGGCAACACGAGCGAGGGCUACGUCACCCGCGAGCUGCUGAGGCAGCAUUCCGGGCAGCCUCCGGCUGGCUGGAAGCUUGUUGUCAAGGGUGGCAGGAAACGCCAGCUGGGGUUCGACUUCUAUUCCGGUGAAGUCUUCGUUUUGGCCUUUCAGAGCCGGUUGGAUGAUGUGGGCGAGAUGUCUGAGUCUGAGUCCGAUUUCUCGCACGAUCCGGAUGACGACCCCGAUGACGAGGAUGCGGGGGAUGGAAGAUCCGACACAUCCACCCAGUCGCGCACCCCGCGCAGGCACGGCAGCAAGGUUGAAACGAGCUCCGACCGCUCCUUCCACGGCUCCUUUGCCCCAUUCAGUGGCGACGGGGCAACCCAUAAGAUGCUACGAAAUGGUGAAGGCAAACGUGCCCCCUUCGUGCUGGUGGAAGCGGGGCCUUGUGGCAGGCCUAAGGCCGUCGAAGGCAUCCAGUGGCCUCACUUUCUGGGCGCUCCCCUUUCUGUAAAUGUUAGUGGUUUUGGCUCGCCUGAGUGCGCCCUGUCUGAGAAGCUCACGAAACGCCUUAGGCUGACAUGCCGCCUGCCCGACGCUCCCAGCCUAUCAGUUUCAUUGGCUGCGGUCGCUGCAGGGGCCGAUCCGGUUGCGCGGCUGGCUCGAGCCCAAGAUGACCAGCGCACCCCGGGACGCGUUGAUGACCCGCUUCCGCAGGUCCCGGCGCCACAGGCCGACGAGGCUCUUGUGCCCGUGCAGUUCCUACAUGGACUCUUUCUUGUAGCCACCUAUGAAACGCGGCCCGAUGUUGUCUCUAUUCCUGUUCGAGUCCCAGGGAGGCCGGCCGAGGUUUUGACUGCUGUGCAGGGGGCCAGAAUCCAGCGGCAAAGGGGCUUCUUUCCGCGACUCAUCCCUGUGCUGCCGCAACCCGCGUGCCAAUAUGCUGUGCUUCUUGCUGUGCCUGACUGGCCCUUGCCAGCCCUGCCGGUGUUGGCCGACUGCCGAGCUGUAACGGGGGUCCUGCACAUGGCCCUUAUUCCUUUUCGCGCCAACAGGGAGUCUAUCCUCUUAGGUGCAGGUUUGAGUGGCGGUUCUAACGUCGAUGUUAGGGUGCUAGGCCAGGAUGUCCCGCUGCACCAUGCUCAGGAGGUCGUGUUGCCCGAAGGUGCCCUUAUCUCCUUUUCUGAGUCUGGGUCCCCGCCACCUGCAACGUAUGACCUCCGGGUGAUGUUGAGUAGUGUGCAUGGUUGGGACUACCGGGAGCCUCUACCUUUCAACGUCGCCCUUUCUUACUGGGUUCUUUCCGAUGAGGUGUCCGCCCGGGUAGAUGCCGCCUCGGACGGCAGACUCUCCCGGGCAGCCAUUGCGGGCGCUUUGGAAUGCGAGGUUGAAGGACUUGUUACGGUCCCUGCUCUUCCUGUUAUAACUGAUGCCUUUCACCGCGGUUGGGCGUCAGCGGCUGUUUUCGUCUCCUCUCGAGCCAUUCCUCGCCGCAGAGCUGGUCCAGAGGGCCAGAAGGUGCUUGUCAUUGACCAGCGGCCGGUCUUGCAAUGCCUCACAUGGAUGUGCGUUGACAACGGGCUUCUGGACUUGCAGCAGUUUGUUGAUGGCUAUGCCAACACAUGUCCUGAUGGAUAUCUCGUUGCGGUGCAAGGCGCCGUCUCUGUCGAACUGCCAGAGGGCACCUUUCUGCAAAUCACUGAUGGACUGCAUAUUGUUGUGCGUUAUGUUCUUGCGGCUUGGCAAGGAGAUGAGUCCGCCGAGGGCUCUGAGAGCGAGUCCGAUCGGCUCGUAGCCGGUCCUCCCCCGGAAGCCCUGCUCACCAGCCAGGAACCCUCCGAAGACUUCAUCCUCGAAGAGGUCGAGGUCAAGGUUCCUUGUAGUCUGCAAGCCUUUGUGCAAGCUGUCUCGGCUUCCAGGGCUGGAGACUGCGACUCCCGCCUCUCUGAGCUUGCUGCAGUGAGCCCACAGCCAGAGAUUGGAUGGGCUUUGUUCCUGGCCAUCCCAAAGGCUGCGGUGGGGCGUUUUAUCUGCCUGGACACCAGAGAUGUUGGCGGACGCGUGUUUUGCGUGCGUUCGCCCGCCUGCGUCGACCUUUUCUCGGUGUGCUUGCUGGCAGGAAUAAGUCUUCAGUCCGAGGUCCAGGUUUUUACAGGCUUGCCGCGCCGCCGCCUGCAUGAUGGCGAGGAGCUCCAAACUUACACCGGGAUGUGCCUCAGCCUCUCGCUGGGUGGCGAAUGCCGUGGAGACAGUGUCUCUUUGUCUGCUGUGCUUGAGACCCACUUGCCCUGGCGGCCGGGGCCCGCUUUCCCAUGGCUGGGUGACGACAGUCACUACUGGGUCUGUGCCCCAGAUGAGGGGCGCCUUUUCAAUCUGAGCCCAGCGCGCAGUACGCACUACCGCUCUGAUCUAGCUGCAUGUGUGGGGCUUAGCGCCCACACCUUGGCCAUCGCACCAGCUUGCCCAAGGCAGUUUGACGUCGCCUGGCUUGGCUGGCCCUGCAGAACGGUUAUUGCCGUAUCGGACGCUGGGAGCGUUCGACCGCCUGGCCGUGCCUACCCUGUGCUUGUUGACUGCCGUGCCCUCGCGGAAGGAUGGCUCUGGGUAGCAACUGCGCAGGGGUGGUUGCACGUUGAAGGACUUGAGGCGUCACUGAACCAGACUGUCCUCCAGGUUGAGGUAAUGAUGCGGGCACGUCUUGCUUCUGUCGACCAUGCAUUGCCUCUACGGCAGGGCCCAGAUUCUGACGUUGAACCUGACGAGGGAGGCAUAGCGCCACUCGACCUAUACCAACGCCCUGCCGCAGCUCCCGCCGACCGGGACAGGAACAGGGCGCUGAAGGCUUGCUUGCCAGUCAUGGCGGCAGCGGCGUUCUAUUUGGCGCGCACCCUUCUCGAAACCCUUGUGGAGCAUUUUCGUGGGCAGGAGGUCUCUGGAAGGACCCCACCAGUGACAGCUAAAGGUAUCAGGCUUGCCGAUAUCCAAGGUUGGCAAGGUUUUGGCGACUUCGCCUACUUUCCUGCGGAACUGGCCGGUCUACCGAAUGGCCCGCUACUUCUGGGGGGGCUACGCCUACCCUUUGCAGCUGCAGACCUUCUCGAGCUACUGACGCCGCCGGGCACUUUGGCCGAUGCGCGUGCUGUGAAGGCCGUCAUCGGCGAUGCGGCAUGGCAAAGGCUUAGUGGCCUCCGCCUCGAUGCGUCGGACUUGCUUAGUCCAGGCCUGCAUUGCUUCACAGAUGGAUCCUUCAUCCAAGGUUCAGCCGAUGCCCCUGCGCAGGUCGGCUGGUCCUGUGUCUUUCUUGACGCCACGCACAGGCGAUUCGGCGUGGUUGCGGGUGGGGUUCCAUUCUGGUCCGAGGCUGAAGGGGAUGUCCAAUCUGCGUUUACUGCGGAAUGCUUUGCGCUUGUGGCGGCACAAUGGCUCUGCGCCACCACUUUCCGCCAGGUUCCUACAGUGAUCAGGGCCGACUGCAUCUCCGCUAUGCAGAUUGCAGCAGGGUUGGUGCCAGGGUCAGGAGUCGGGGCGGCAGGCUGCCUACGCAGGAUUAGCUCCCUUGCUCGUGCUGCCACGCGUUCCCCUCCAGCCUUGUCUCAUGUGGCAGGGCAUGCUGGCUGCCUAGCCAACGAAAUCGCCGAUGUUACGGCCAAGCUUGCCGCCCGAGGGUUCCCCUGCGGGGCUUGGUGCUGGGAGGUUCCUGGCCGAACGAGAUGGUGGGAAAGCAGCGGCAUGGCACUUGAUUGGGCUGGCCUAGCCAUCCAAUGUGCGAGAGAGCCGGGCUCGCUCCCCUCGAUGCGCUCUUACGAAAAGCCCACCACCGAUGGGGGCCUCACGCCUGUGCAGUGCUUGGAGCCUUUCACUCGGCAUGGCAUGGGCGCUGCUACGCCGGCAGGCGCCCCUGCGGAGAUGGCUUUGGUGCUGGCCUCUUAUAAUGUACUGUCCCUUUGUGGCAAGUCCUUUGCUGAUGAUAAGUGCGCUGGGCUUGCCUUUGCUGCAGGCCGUCCCGCGCUCCUUGCAGCAAGUCUUGUGCAUGCAGAGGUGUCGGUUGCUGCUCUACAGGAGGCUCGCACUGAGCAGGGGCAGCUUUUCACUGCUCCAUACUACCGCUUCUGCUCCGGUGUAGUGCGGGGUAACUUCGGCGUUGAGUUGUGGUUUAGUAGCACCUUGAAGGCUCCCAAGGGUGCAGGUGAACGGACCAGCCCGGCCCUUUUUUCCAAAUCGGCCUUCACUGUCAUCCACGCAGAUCCCCGACGGCUUCUGGUCAGGUUCGUGGCAAUGCCUGUGGAUCUCAUCUUUGCCUCUUUGCAUGCACCGCACAAGGGGGCGGAGCCGCAUCUGCUCGACUCGUGGUGGAAUGAGACGAGUCACCUCCUGGAGAAGUUUGGCGCCCUUGCACCACUGGUGCUGAUGGGGGAUUUUAAUGCAGCCGUCGGUUCGAUUCCUUCUGAGGCUAUAUUGGACCCUGGCGUGCCGACGAGCAGGACACGUCCGGAGACGCGCUGCAUGAUAUCCUGCAUCGUCAUGGAUUAUGGCUUCCUGCCACAUGGCAGGCUCGAUUACAUCGCGUUGCCGAUGGAUUGGCAGUCUUCUCAGGUGGUGUCGUGGGUGGAUCCGGCUAUCCACGCCGGUCAACCGGUUGUGGACCACCUCGCCACGCUUGUCUCGCAGGCCCUGAACCAGCUCCCCGACAUCCCCUGGAAUGUGGGCCCUGAUGCCCACGCAGCGAUUCUUGCUUCUACGCUGCAAGAGAGACUGCAACAGGCCUUUCCAUCUGAAGAGAGGCGCAAGCGGCAAGCGUACCUCAGCGAUGCUGCCUGGGCCUUGCAAGGGGGGGUUGCCAAGCUGCGUCGUAGCCUUGCAAGGCUGCGCUGUGCCAUCAGGUUCCACAGUGUAGCAGCUGCCUUUCAAACCUGGAGGUGCUGGGACUCGCCGCCUCUCAACGUGCAGCUCCGCUCUGGCUGGAUGCAGACCGCAGCUGUUGUGGAGGCAGGUCUAGGGGCCAGGCUGCAGCAUGCAGCCAAGGGCUUGCGGGCCCAAUGCAAAGCGGACCGGGCCAGCUUUUUGGCCUCCUUGGCUGACGAUGUGCAGGCAGGCAAGGACGAGGCGCACGAGUCUCUCAAGAAGCUUCUGGGCUCCCGCAAAAAGCGCAGCUGUGGGCCCACGGUGCUCCCGCAGGUCAAGGACAUUCAUGGGCAGGUUUGCCAGGAUCCUGCUGCGGCGAUCGCCCGCUGGCGCCAACACUUCAGCGCACUUGAGGCGGGCAAAUGCAUGUCGCUGGAGGAGGUCGCUGGCCUGCUUCCCACCGCGCUACCUGAAGACUGUAGCAUCUCUUGCGCCGAGUUUCCGGCACCAUCGGACCUCCUUGAUGCAGUCCUAAAGGCUAAGACUGGGCGAGCUUGUGGCCCGGAUGGUCUACCAGCAGAGGUCGGCAGGGCGGACCCGGUCGCUUGGCAGCGGGCGCUGCUGCCGCUUAUGCUGAAGAUAGGGUUGUGUGUGCAAGAACCCUUAGGGCUGAAGUCGGGAACCCUGACUUGGUUGUAUAAGGGUCGGGGCAGUGCCAGUGACUGCGGCUCUUACCGAGCGAUCAUGCUUCUCUCCACGAUUGCCAAAGCGAUGCACCGCGCGUUCAGACCUGCUGCCUAUGACUUCUUUCAAGGUCAUGCACUCCCAGUUCAACUCGGAGGACUGAAACGCACGUCCGUUUUGUUCGGCUCGCAUGUGAGCCGAGCUUUCCUGCAGCUCCGCGCCAACCAGGCGCUCUCGUCGGUCAUUCUCUUUGCCGAUGUGUCGGCCGCGUACUACAGUGCGACGCGUGCCUUGACUGCCAGACGUGCCGGUUGGGAAGCGCCGCCGGACGCCAAUCAGGCCUUGAGGGAACGCCUAAAAGCCCCUAGCGCCCUGGAGGCGGGCGGGGCUACGGCGUGGUUGGAGGGGUUGACUGAUGAGUUUAACAGCAGGACUUGGAUGACGUUGAGGGAUGAUGAUACUCCGGUUGUAACAACGCGUGGAUCCCGCCCAGGAUCAUCCUGGGCGGAUAUUUAUUUCGGGGUCUCAGUGCCCGGCAUCGUCGACACAAGAAACGCUCUUCGUGCUGGAGCUUUGUGCACCGGUGAACCUAUCUGCCUCCUGUGGGACGGCCGCCGAGACUUCUUUGCAGAGCCGUGCCGUUCUGGGCUGGGCACGCGCCUCAUAAAUCUAGAUGAGGUCAUCUGGGCCGAUGACUUGGCUGUGUAUUUGGGGAUACCGCAGCCCGGCAACGCAGCAAAGGUCAUCGGCUUCGAGGCAUCUGCCCUGCGUGACGCCUUCGGCAGCCACGGAUACCAGCUGUCUUUCGGAGAGGCCAAAACGGCCGCCGUCGUGCAGCUUCGAGGUAAAGGCGCUCGGGCAGCCCGAUGCAAGCUUUUUUCCGGGAAGGCGCGGAUCCCUGUCCUCAGUGAGGAAGACGAGCCCGCUAUGCUGCCCCUCGUCAGAAGCUAUAAGCACUUAGGGGUCAGGGUCGCGGCUGAUAGUUCGUUGAUGCCCGAGCUCAAGCAACGGAUUGCCCUCGCAUGGACGGCUUUCAGGCAAGGACGAACGAAGGUCUAUAGGUCUAGGAGGUUGACGGUCGCCAAAAAAGGCAUCUUGUUGAAUGCGCAUGUACUCUCCAAAUUGCUCUUCGGGGCAGGUGCCUGGGGGCCUCUGCGUGCUGGGGAAUACCAGGUCUUCGCGCGUGCGGUCACCUCGAUGUACCGCCAGUGCCUAUGCCUGCCUCAUGACGAAGCCCAAGAUGUUAGCCUUGCCACAAUCUGUGCAUUGGUGCAGCAGCCAGACCCCCUCACCCUGCUGCGUGUUGAACGCUUGCGCUAUGCCAGACAGCUCAUUGCCAAUGGGCCGGACAUUCUCUGGGCCUUGCUCAGGCCCAACGCCAAGUUCAUGAGCUGCAUGCAAGACGCCUUUUGUUGGCUGCACUCCUGGGUUGCUAACACCACCGAGCUUGGCAAGCCAGAUGUCAGCUGGGAUGAUUGGCAGGACAUGAUCAUGCGGCGGCCGGGUCGCUUCAAAGGCAUUGUGAAGAGGGCUCGCGCUCUUGAGUGCGCGCGCGUCACCGCCUUCGCUAGCCUCCAAGCGCUGCGGAGGGCACUUCUUGCCAGGGCCGGGGUUCAAGAAGGUCCGGACCGCACUGGCGAGGAUCGCCCCGCUGCCUAUACCGAGGCAUGCUUGGUCUGCAAGGUGGCCUUCCCCACCCGAGCCACGUGGGCCGUUCACGCGGCCAAAUGCCAUGGCUAUCGCGCGCCAGCCACUCUGCUUGCGAAGGAACAGGAGCAGCCCCUCUGCGCGGGGUGCGGCAAGCUUUUUGCGAACGCACACAGACUGCGCCGGCACCUUUUGCAUGCUGGGGAUUGCCGGAUCCGUUGGGGUGCUUUUGUGGCGGACGGGGUAAUCCCGGCCAUCCCGCACUCACAGAGGCCGCCGCUGCAGGUUUCUGGUUCUUCCGCUCGCACAGAAGAAUCCUACGACCCUGUCCAAGUGCACCCAGGCUUGCUGGCUCAACUGCUUGAUCUUGCGAGUCCCUGCCCUGAGGAUGUCUGGGAGAUCGUACUUGAAUAUGUUGAGCCCCUGGCGAUCUUGAAGAGUACUCUUCAAGCCUGGGCGCGGCACCCAUGCUCCACCGAUCAGGUUAGGGAGGUUGCGGCCGAUACGGAACUCAUGCUUGACCCGGAGUUGUGGUGUGACGAUUUCCGUUCGGCCCGUCGUGGCUGUGGUGCUCCGGCCGCUUGCCGCGACUUGCUCCCUAUCAGUGUGCGUGUGGUUGACUUCCAAGAGGACGGUGUGCUGGCGACAUUCCGUCUUGAGGAGCCGCCCUUGCCGCAGUUUGUCUACCCCUUCCAAACGAGUGUUCCGUUGGCCGCAGCGAAACGUCAUCUCCUCUGGCUCGGGGCCGCCGUUGACACUGUGAGCCACUUCCUUGCCGCCUCGGUGCAAGCGCCAGUCGCCCUGUCUGCCCCGCCGCGUGCUCUGUUCUGCCUACAGCCGGUCGUUAACUGGAUUUGCGACCUGGGCUUUAGGCGUUCGGGCCUUGGCUUCGAGUCGCCACGAGACUAA